AUGCUUUCCCCAAAAGAUAUUCUGCGAAAAGAUCUGAAGUUGGUCCAUGGUUAUCCCAUGACCUGUGCUUUUGUGAGCAACUGGGAAAAAAUUGAACAAUUCCAUAGCAGACCAGAUGAUAUUGUGAUAGCCACUUAUCCUAAAUCAGGUACUACUUGGGUUAGUGAAAUUAUAGACAUGAUUCUAAAUGAUGGAGAUAUUGAAAAAUGUAAGCGAGGUUUUAUUACUGAAAAAGUUCCAAUGUUGGAAAUGACUCUCCCUGGAUUAAGAACAUCAGGUAUAGAACAAUUAGAGAAGAAUCCAUCACCCCGGAUUGUGAAAACACAUCUACCAACUGAUCUUCUUCCUAAGUCUUUCUGGGAAAACAAUUGCAAGAUGAUUUAUCUGGCUCGUAAUGCCAAGGAUGUUUCAGUCUCAUAUUACCAUUUCGACUUAAUGAAUAAUUUACAACCUUUUCCUGGUACCUGGGAAGAAUAUCUGGAGAAAUUCUUAACUGGAAAAGUGGCCUAUGGUUCCUGGUUUACUCAUGUUAAAAACUGGUGGAAGAAAAAGGAAGAACACCCAAUACUUUUUUUGUACUAUAAAGAUAUGAAAGAGAAUCCAAAGGAGGAAAUCAAGAAGAUCAUUAGAUUUCUAGAGAAGAACCUGAAUGAUGAGAUCUUGGAUAGGAUCAUCCAUCACACCUCAUUUGAAGUGAUGAAGGACAAUCCUUUGGUAAAUUAUACACAUCUACCAACUACAGUGAUGGAUCAUAGCAAAUCCCCUUUUAUGCGUAAAGGGACGGCUGGUGACUGGAAGAAUUACUUCACCGUGGUCCAAAAUGAGAAAUUUGAUGCUAUUUAUAAGACAGAAAUGUCCAAAACUGUACUUCAAUUCCGCACAGAGAUUUAA